AUGUCAUUAGCCUAAUUCAUACAAUACAACCAAUAGACAUUUUUAAAUGAAUUUUGGAAAACUCUUCGACCAGAAUCACAAUUAUUUUAUGAUAGAGGGAAUGAAAUUUUCAUCUUUAGAGAAUAAAAUCAAAUAUUUAUAAUCCAAAAAAGUCAACCCACUACAGUUGUGCGCAUCUAGAUACCUUAUAAUCAAAUGAUACACAGUAUGAAUAUACAACAAGAUUACACCUACGUUGCUUAUUAAGUAUCUGAAAACUAAUUAAAGUUGUUUUCAACCAGAGCAAACAGAUAAUUCACGUACCAAGUGCAAUAAGAGAAGAAUUCAUACAUUAUUCAAUUUGAAUGGGCAAAAGGUUCGCUUGGAAUAUUUGACAUAAUGGUUGUAGAAAAUCAUGGAAUACAUCUGCUUAAAAUUGAUGAUCAAGUUAAGAAAGUCAAGUUUUUAUAAUAAAAAAUAACUUGCUGCUGGUAUGAACUAAAAAAUGAGGUUCUAGCAACUUGCUGUAGCAAUCAUAAUGGAUUAAUAUCUACUUACUUCUUUAAGGAAAAGAAAAAGGAUUUCAAAUACAAAGGGCCUGAAGUUUAUUUAGAUGAUUUUGAAUCAAAAGAUGGGACUUCCCCUUUUGCUUCGAUAUUCAAAUCAAAAAAAACAGACAUCCCCUUAUUUAUUGUCCCUACGGACAAGAAAAACAAAGAUUUAUGUCAAGAUGAAUUGAUAUCGGAUUCAAUUUAUAGAGUCUACUUAAUUCACAUAUACGGCAAAUCACUCUUAGCCUUUUCUAAUUCCUAUAGUGGCAAAUUGUUAUUUUAUUAACUGCAAUACGAAAAAAUUACUAAGUAAAAAUAUCUGCUUAACUUUCCAUCUGAUAUCACUAUUAAUCUAUCAGUAAUUGAUAAUCUUAUUAUCUUAUCAACUUUCAAUGAAAAAUUCUCAUAAGUGUUUGAUGUCAAAAAAUAAAGACCAGAAUCCGCUCUUGGGGCACCUUAAUCAAUCUUUGAAUAAUAAGAAAUUUCAACUAUCAAAUUUAAGGAUGUAGAAAAGUAGCAUGUAGUGCACUAACAUGAAUAGAUUAAUGAAGUUUAAUAAAAUGAAUAAACCAAGAAAAGCUCAAGCAGGAGUUUAGAAGAUAGUUAAAAUGAUCGGGAUUAAGCUUAAAAAGGAUAAUCUUCAAACAAACAAUUAGAUUCUGAUGAAAAAGCUGAUGAUAAAAAUAUAGAAGAUAAUAAGUUAAUCAAACAAAAUAUUGAUCACUAGGAGGUUGAUGAAAUUGAAUAAUAAGAGUAAUCGAAAUAAACUUAGCAAAUAUAAAAGAAUGAGGAAAGUUAAUAAUUUAGCAAUAUGUAUCUCGGAUUUGAUAUUUAAACUUUGAUCCAAGAAAUUAAAUUAGCUGACGAAUAUUAUUAAACAUUUUUAGUUAAAACGAAAUGGUGUGCUCUAACUCAACAUAAUGUUUAAAUUUAGAGUCGAAUUUAUGAGCAAAGUUGUAAUUUUUUAGAGGAUGAUUUAAUAAUUAACUACAAAGAAAAAUAAAUUUACUAAUUUACAUUGAAUUUAAAAUACUUACCAAACACAUUUGAGGAUGAACCUGAAGAGGCUUUUUGUGGAUUAUUAAGGAGAAGCAAUUGUAAAAAUGCUGUUUUUGAAUUUUUAAUUUAAUUGGCAUUAAAUAAUAAACCAAUUAAAAUCUUUUAGAAUAUUUUUGAGAUUUUUGUGAGAGUCUUCUCAGAACAUGUUGGGCACGCUUAAAAUGAAAGAUAAUAUAGUGGAUACACAGUCUUAUAUCCAUUAGAUAUCAAAUAACAUUUCUUUUAGGUCCUAGCCGAAAAUGAAAACAUGAAUAAAUAAUUCUUAAUUGAGAUUCUCAUUGAAUUUAUAAGAUAAUUUUAGGAACUAUUAAAGGAUUAUACAUAAAGUAUUAUUGAAAUCCAAAGGUUAUUAAUUAAAUUAUUAAUUUAAACUCAAAGAUUUACUCACUUGCAAUUCCUAAUUCAAUAUUAAGUUCUAUUAGAUAAUUUAGAAUUUGCAAAAUAGUUAAUUGAGAUAAGUGGUAAGGAAUCUCUCGCCUUAUAGGAAAGCAAGUCUGAACCAUAUGAACCAGCUUAUUAAUUAGGAUUAGAUAUGUUCUUUAGAUUGUCAAAAUACGAAGAACUAUUAGAAUGUCUAUUAAAAUAUGGAAAAUUUCAUGACGCUGCUUAUUUGCUAAAUAAGAUACCUAAUAUUAGAAUGAGAUUACCACCAAUCUAAGAAGGCAUCAGGAAUUCUGAUUGUUAAAGAGAAGACUUGCUGCUCUUCUUAGAAGAUGCUUAUAAAAAAUAAAAAACUUAUUUUAGCGUUGCCGAAGUGAAAACUUUGUGA